AUGGCGGGUGUGAAGAAUGAGGAGAUUGCAUCUGCUGAUGAAGUGCAGCGACGCUGGGGCGAGCUGACGAGAGAGCUGGAGAUUGCAGUUUCCAUGGGCAACACCGAACGCUUGCAGACUGCGCUCAGCAACACCGACAACAGCGGCAUCUCAAAGGAGCAGUUGAAACCCGCGCGGAAUCUGCUGGGCGCCUUCCAGCGCUCCGAUGCGGCUUUCCUGGAGCUGGAUGAGGCGAUUGACAGCUGUGACGCAGAGAUCAUCCACGGUAACAACAACGUCUCGGACAGCGUCGAGGAGGACUACGACCGCAUCACCGACCUUGUUUGGGACCCAGAGGCACUGCUGCAGCGCGCGGCUCGUGCCUUGUGCCCUCCAUUGCCUACCCUGCUGAGCACCUUCCAGUCUGAGAAGGCCACUGAGAUGUUUUGUCCUCCAGGCCCAGGUGGAUUGCUGGCCGGAAGCGCGGGAGAGCCAGUGGCGCGAGCCUUGCGCGGCCCAUUCGGACAGACAGAUUUGGAGGCCCUGGAACACUUGGCCUUGGCUUGGGCUCAUCUACUUGAGCUCUGCGGAGCCAGGCCCGUGUUGCACGAUUUGGUGAAAUCUCUCUACGACACGUUCCUGCAGCUGGCAGCGUUGGUCGGGAAACCUUCUCAAGGAGAGAUCGAGGCAGAGGCGCAGCUGUUGGGCAGGGUACCCAUGCCAGACACCUUGCUGGCCACAGCUCAGCGACUUCGCAUCCUUGCGAAGGCUUAUGAUGUUUCUUUGUGUGAUGUGGAAGGCUUUGUGUCAACCGCUUUGAGCAUGGUUGAAGGUGUCCAAACAGGGACAGUGGAACCAGAGUUGACGGUCACUCUGCUGGAAAUCCUGGCCCUGAUCUCUGUGCGCCACGCCGGCCAGCGAGCACAGCAGCCGAAGAUCUAUUGGAACUUGCCACUUGGCCGGGAAGUUGCAACAGGCUUCCUGACCAAAGAUGAGGACCAUCGACUGAAGAGCGCUGCCUUUGGGGUUGCCCUGUGCACCUUGAGCGCCUGGUGGAACGCCGCCCACUUUGGAAAGACCGAAGAGGUGCCAGGGGAUGGGGCGUGCGAUGUGUUGGAUACCGAGGUGAAGCCUUGGUUCUGCCAGCUGCCAGAUGCUCUUCAGGAUGCUUUGGCGAACCACUUGGGGACGUUGUUAGCGGAGGUGCGCGAUCAGUGGCGGAAGUGGUUGCAAGACAGGCCAGAGGUGAACUGUCAAAUUUAA